CACUACACUACACCAGACAUUGAAGAUAUGUGAGUGAGUGAGUGAGUGUGAAAAGAAAGACAAAACAAACAAGACAGAUUAAAGGGUUUUUGUUGAAUCAAAUUGAACACCGAAAUCAUGGGUGUGUCUGUAACAAUUAUAGUCCUUAUCAUUUCUCUUCAUCUCUUAGCUUUCGUUUUCGCUAUUGGCGCUGAACGACGUCGUAGUGAGGCCAAAGUGGUUCCUGAUGAGUACGAUGAACGAACUUUCUGUGUUUACACCACCGACGCUUCCACCGUCUACGGUGUUGCUGCUUUCUCUCUCCUGCUUCUUAGUCAAACUGUUCUUAACGCCGUCACUAGAUGUCUUUGCUGUGGUAAAGGUCUCAUCUCUGGUUGUUCUACCACUUGCGCUGUCAUCUUCUUCAUUCUCUCAUGGACCGGUUUUUUGGCAGCAGAGGCGUGCUUGUUAGCAGGCUCUGCUAGGAAUGCCUACCACACAAAGUACCGAGGGAAUUUUGUGACACACGACUUGUCUUGCGCUACACUUCGCAAAGGUGUGUUUGCUGCUGGGGCUGCCUUGACCUUGUUCUCUAUGUUGGCUUCUAUUUUGUACUAUUGGGCACACGCCAAGGCUGACACUGGUUUCUGGGAGAAGCACCAAAAUGAAGGUAUUGGAUUGGCCACACACAAUCACGGUCCUGAAUCUGAUAAGCCCUGAAGGUUUACUGCUUUCAACAUGCUGGGCUAUUAAUUUAUACAAUCUUGGUGAUGCUUUUUACCAAAUGAAGGUGUUUUGGGGGAUGAAGGAAGGAACAAUGUGUUCAAAACCUUGUUGGUAGAGUAUAUUUAAUAUUUAUGCCGUAAUUGGUGAAUGCUUGAAACAAUAUAGAUAAAUAGAUGGUAGUGGUAUGGUGGGGGUUCAAUAUAGUCUAGUUUCCAGUUUGAAAGUGUUGCUAUUGAAACAAAUGGACUCAUCCAACCAUUUGCUUUAGUGCAUCUAUAAUGCUUGAGUUACUGUGAUAAAAAAAUCUUGGUAACUUGAGUAAAAUUAUUAUGAAAGCCUUUUAGUCGAGUUUUCCACUUUCCAGAAAGAAUGAUCACUUUACAAGUCUCUUGUGCAAAUGUAUCAAUUUAGUAAAGCUAUGUCUACUUCCUUCCCCCAAAUCUUUUUUGGAAUCGCUCUCGUACAUUAUCUUGUUGUGUGGCUGUAUCUGUAUAUAUUUGCAAUUUAGUUUUCUUUCCAA